UUCCGUGGGUAGUUGGGGCCAUUGGGAGCGAAAUCGAGGCCUUGUCUUCUUCUUCUUUCUUCUCCUCGUUGGCGCACAUGCAUUUUUGGUUUCUGUAUCUGUAUCUGUGUCUUGCCGCAUUCAUAUAUACCCAAAAAACAUGUAUGUUUAGCGAUUCAUGGGAUUUCCGCAUUUCCAGCUUGAUCUCGUUGUUGCGGUUGGUGGUUUGCAAGUUGGGGUGGAAUCGGAAACCCCAGAUCUUUUGCGUUUUUCAUUGGCCGAGGGUUCUCGAUCGUUGGAUUAGGCGGAUUUGGCUUCUGGAUCUCAAGGUUGUUGGUUCGAUUCUGUUGAAUCGUUUUGCAGGGGGUGGGUUUGUGGAAUUUGAGGAUAGGUUCCGAGUGAAAUGGCUUCGCAUCCUCCUCCAUUCCAGGUGGAGGAUAACACAGACGAGGCUUUUUUUGACGAAUUAGUUAAUGAUGAAUUUGAUGUAGACCAUAAAUCCACUACCUCACCGGCGUCUAAAGGCCGUAGUCCGGCUGACGGAAAUGAAUCCGAUGAUGCUAAGGCUAUUUCUAAUUUGAGUAUCCAUGAGGAUGAGCAUAAAGAGGAAGUUCAUUGGGAGCAUCAGGAGACGAAUUGGGAGGCUGAUUGGGAUAAUCAGCGUGCCGUGGAUGAUCAAGGGCGUAAUGAUGAUGGUGAGGGUUGGGAGCAUCAGUUUAUCAGCGAACUUGAAAAUAAAACAAAUGAGGAUUUCGGUGCCGAGAUGGAGACUGCCGAGCAUGUUCAAGGGGGGAAUGAAUUCGGUACAGACAAAAAAUUGCAAAAUUCAAAACUGUUGAGCCAGAACAGUGGUGGAUCGAUGGUUUCUGAAGUUAAGGAAGUGGAUUGGAGUGCAUUUGAUACUGCCUCAGCUAACAAUGAUAGCAGUGGCCUAGGAUCUUUUUCUGAUUUUUUCAAUCAAUUUGGAGGGGAGAAGGAUGGUGGUGAAUUUGGAAGCAUAGUUAAGAACGUUUCUAAUCAUGAACAUGUAUACAAACCUGAUAAUGUGGACCCUGCAGCCAACUGGCAGUGUAAUGGGGAAUACAGCAAUGGUUAUGCAGAGGAUCCGAAUUCAAAUGCUUACGAUUUGAGUAUGAUCCAGCAAUGGGAGAGUCAGUACCCAGGUUGGAAAUAUGAUCCAAAUACUGGACAGUGGUAUCCGGUCGAGGAUUAUGAUGCAGCGACAAGUUUGAAUGCUGCAGUUGUCUCCAAUUUGUCUGCUGAUUGGAACCAAGCCUCUCAGAUGAGUCAUGCGGCAGAAACCACAUCUUCUUGGAAUCAGGUUUCACCGGAAGGUAGGGAAAACAAUGGGAUUCCAUCAGACUGGAAUCACGCACCAUGUGAUAAUAACGGUUACCUAUCUCAUAUGGUUUUUGAUCCCCAGUACCCAGGCUGGUACUAUGAUACUAUUGCUAUGGAAUGGAGGUCAUUGGAAUCUUACUAUGCAUCAAUUCAAUCCAGUGCCCAAGGUCCAGGCCAAAUGAACCAGGGCACCUUGGAAUCGUACAGUGCCUCUGUGCAGGCUAUUCCGCACUUUCAGGGACACAUGAAUCAGGGUGUUUUGGAAUCUUUCAGUGUACCGUCCCAGCCUUCAGCUCAAGUUCGGGGCCAGAUGAAUCACACUGGAUAUGAUCCAAACCAGGCUGGAUUGAUGAGCAACUAUUAUGAACAAGAGAAAUCAGGCAUGCAAACAGCUCAAGCAGUGGGUAGUAGUCCAGUUACAAAGUUGUACAAUGGAAAUGCUCAGAGUUCAACUCAAUAUUGGCAGAAUGCUGCUGUGAGUACACCUGCAAGUCAACAAAAUUCCGUUUCUCUGAAUAGUCCCAUAACUUUGAGUGUUCCUGGAAGUCAACAAGAUUCUGGCAGUUAUGGUGUAAAAGGUUUAUACCAUGACAGCCGAAGUCAGGAUCAGAAUAAAUUUUCCAGGGCCUCCUUGUUUGAUGCUGGUGGGAAUUUAAUUCAACAGUUCAAUGAUUCAGAAAUCAAUCAAAAUAGUCAAAAAGAAUUCUCCAAUGACUACUAUGGCAGUCAAAGAAAUGUCAACUUUGCAACGCCACAAGUUCAAAAUUCUCAGAUCUCCUAUGCCUCUGCAUCUGGAAGGUCAUCAGCUGGUCGUCCUGCCCAUGCUUUGGUUGCCUUUGGUUUUGGUGGAAAGCUUGUUGUGAUGAGAUCCAGCUCUACUGUAAAUAUGAACUUUGGAAGCCAGGAUUCUGUGGGAGGUACAAUAUCUAUUCUCAACUUAGGAGAAGUUGUGAAUGAUGUUAAUACUUCAGACCGAGGAAUGGGUCCUAGCAGUUAUUUCCAGGCUCUCUGUAGGCAAUCACUUCCUGGUCCUCUUACUAGUGGAAGUGUUGGAACUAAGGAGUUGAACAAAUGGAUUGAUGAAAGAAUAGCAACUCUGGAGUUGACCCAUAUGGGCCAUGGAAAAGCUGAGGGUUUGAGUUUGCUCCUCUCGCUGCUUAAAAUAGCCUGUCAGUAUUAUGGAAAACUCCGAUCUCCAUAUGGCACAGAUGCUGAAUUGAAGGAAAGUGAUGCUCCACACUUGGCAGUUGCCAGACUAUUCUCAUAUGCUAAAGGAAAUGGUUCAAAGUUAACUCAAUAUGGUGUUGCUGCCCAAUGCUUGCAGUAUAUGCCAUCUGAUGAGCAACUUCAGGUGACUGCUGCUGAGGUCCAAAAUCUUCUUGUUUCUGGAAGAAAGAAAGACGCUUUGCAAUGUGCACAAGAUGGUCAAUUUUGGGGUUUUGCCCUUGUUCUUGCUGCACAGCUUGGCAACCAGUUCUAUUCUGAAACUGUGAAGAAAAUGGCACUUCAACAUAUGUCGGCAGGAUCACCCUUACGGACAUUAUGCCUGCUAAUUGCUAAUCAACCAGCUGAUGUAUUUUCUGUGGAUAACACUGCUUCUAGUAACAUGCCUGGCGCUCUAAAUAUGCCUCCACAAACAGCACAGGUUGGUGCCAAUGUCAUGCUGGAUGACUGGGAAGAGAAUUUGGCUGUUAUAACUGCAAACAGAACAAAGGAUGAUGAACUUGUGCUUAUCCAUCUUGGCGAUUGUUUAUGGAAGGAUAGAAGCAAUAUAAUUGCUGCUCACAUAUGCUAUUUGGUUGCGGAAGCGAACUUUGAACCUUAUUCAGACAGUGCGAGGCUGUGCCUUGUUGGUGCUGAUCACUGGAAAUUCCCACGAACUUUUGCCUGUCCAGAAGCAAUUCAGCGGACAGAGAUAUACGAGUACUCAAAAACGCUUGGAAACUCUCAGUUUGUUCUACUCCCUUUUCAACCGUAUAAGUUCAUGUAUGCGCUCAUGUUGGCUGAAGUGGGGAAGAUGUCUGAAGCAGCAAAGUACUGUCAAUCUAUAUUAAAAUCGCUUAAAAAUGGUCGAAAUCCAGAGGUCGAGACUCUGAGACAUCUAGUUUCAUCACUCGAGGAAAGGAUCAAAGCUCAUCAGCAGGGAGGAUUCUAUGCAAACUUAGCUCCAAAAGAAUUCAUUGGUAAACUACUCAAAGUUUUCGACAGCACCGCACAUCGUGUUGUUGGGGGCUUGCCACCAACUGGACCAUCAGCAGUUGGUACUUUACAGAGUAACAAAGAUCACCAUCGUGCACCGGGGCACAGAGUAUCAUCUAGUCAGUCAACAAUGGCUAUGUCCUCACUAGUUCCUUCCCAAUCCAUGGAGCCUAUAAGUGAUUUUGCAGCUAGCAACCGAACAGUUAAGCAUGCAAGAAGUGCUUCGGAACCAGACUUUGGAAGAAGUCCAAUGAAGGGUCGGUCCGAUUCUUUGAAGAAAGAAAGCCCCCCUGGUGGCCACGACAAAUCAUCAGCACCAGGCCCGGCUUCUAGCUAUGGUGGUUUGGGUUUUGGUACUAAGCUAUUCCAGAAAACAUUUGGUUUUGUACUUAAGAACCGUCGCCAGGCAAAAUUGGGUGAAUCCAAUAAGUUCUAUUAUGAUGAAAAACUCAAAAGAUGGGUGGAGGAAGGUGCCGAACCUCCAGCAGAAGAAGCUGCCCCUCCACCUCCACCAAUAGCUACAGCUUUUCAGAAUGGAGCAUCGGAUUACAGCUUAAAAAGUGCAUUGCAAAACGAAUCCUCUCUAAGCAGGGGUAAUCAAGAAUCUAAACCCCCUGGAGCUCCAGAAAAUAAUCCAGGAAUCCCGCCACUUCCCCCAACAACUAAUCAAUAUUCUGCUCGCGGAAGGAUGGGUGUCCGAUCUAGGUACGUCGACACCUUUAACAAAGGUGGUGGCAAUGCGACGACCACUUUUCAGUCACCAGUCGUUCCUUCCAUUAAACCGGUGACAGCAGCAGGAAACCCUAAAUUCUUUGUGCCGGCACCAGCGCCAGUAUCUAAUAGCGCUGAGAAUUCAGGCGAGACACCGGCAAACAACACAUGGGAGAAUACCUCAUCUAAUCCCGAACACUUUUCUUCCCCUCCUCAGAGUGAUUCAUUCAUGACACCCGUAGCUCCACCAACAACCAUACCUAGACAUCCCAGCAUGAACUCCAUUGAGAGGACAGGGGAUAGUGGCUCCACUCCUGUGCGUGGACGCCGGACUGUUUCAUGGAGCGGCAGCCCCUUCGACCAGUCUUUCAGUCCCACUCCCAAUCCCAUUCCGGCCACGACUGAAGUGAAACCUCUGGGUGAGGUAUUGGGGCUGCAAACAUCGAGCGAGCUUUUGGCAGAUUGCUCGUCGUCCAACAAGGAUGGCAGCGUCGUAGAUGAUCUACAUGAAGUAGAACUCUAACACAGUUCUGGUAAUGUAAAUUGCAAAUUUUGGCCAAGCAGCAGCAGCAGCCCAACAUAUUAUCUGCCAGAGGGGAGUAAGAUGAUCUUGAAAAUUUUUGUUCCCUUAUGUCUUAUCCAACCCCAUUUAUAUUUUCUUCCUCACGGUUGGCCCCCUACCCUACUAUCUUCUUCUUUUUUUGCUUUUAUAUUUUUUGGGGUUUAUUUUUACAGUUGUAUUUUAAUAUGGUAGUUGUUACUUAGUAGAGAGCCUUUGGUAUACAUAAUACGUAUAGAGUUGA